AGCAUCGACCACAAUACAGUGUCUGAGACAGCAAUGGCCACAACAGCAUAUCAACUACAAUCAUCUACAGCGGAGCACCUGGCAGCACAAACUGAGUUUGCGUGGGCUGCCAUGCAGGCAGCAAACUAUGGAGCACCUCCUUCUGUCAUCCAAGACCCAUUCAACUUGCAGCAGUUUCAGUCACCAUUCUCUGCAUACAACCCACUUCACUCCUCUAACAUGUAUGGCUACCAAGAUCUACACGCCUCAACUCAGACCUACUAUGACGGCAGCACCAGUGGACAGAACACCAACAUCGCCAACACACGCACUAGCUGCAGUCCCAUCUAUUUUCCUACUAUUCAGCAGCCUGUGGUAAGAAAGACCUCGGCAGCAGCUGUGCCUACUGAGAAGCCCGAGGAACUCAAACAGUUGGAGAGUUUCGCCAACGAGUUCAAAAACAAACGCCAGAAGCUCGGCUACACUCAGACACAUGUAGGACAUGCUCUGGUAGCCAUCCAUGGUACUGACUUCAGUCAGACGACAAUCUGUCGUUUUGAAAAUCUACAGCUGAGUUACAAAAAUGCAUGCAAACUGAAGCCCAUUCUGGAGAAGUGGCUCAAUGAAGCAGAAAAAACCUUCAAAGCUCUGGAACUAAGCGGGGAAGGAGAUCCCCGAAAAAGGAAAAGGCGAACGACGAUUGGAAUCACUGGCAAAGAUGCACUAGAGAAACAAUUCCUCAGGCAGCACAAACCAUCGCCAAAAGAAAUCGUCAGAAUUGCAAACUACUUGCAACUAGAAAAAGAAGUAGUUCGAGUGUGGUUUUGCAACAGAAGACAACGAGAGAAGAGAAUUCGAAAGUCACUCUACUGGGGAAAACCAACAGGUUACAAAGCACCGGAUUACAAUGGAGCUUCAAUGGGUCAUGCUUGUGGAUAAGAAGAAUACUGCUUCAAGUGUUACAGACUAUAUACAUUUACGAUUAUUCAUCAGUUCUCUAGUACAAGCAGCCGUACAGUGUUAAGCUGUCUUCAGGAACAAGAGCUCUGUAGAUAUAGAAAUGACAUAGAAUGACCUUGUGAUUAUAAGAUGUUUAUCUCAAAUGAACUCUAACUUCGCUACUUUCCACAGUAUCUGUAUUCGCUGAUAUAUAUUUUUGGUCAGUUUACAAACAGUGCUAUCCAUUUAUGACGUGAACGGUCGUCUACAUACACUAUUGUCAAGCCCUAUUUGCACAAGUCCAACUAAAUAUAUGUGCACCG